ACAAAAAUAGAAAGAUUCAAUCAAACGUCAGAGAAAUUGUCAGAACAAACACCGAAAAAUCAUUUCCUAUCACACUUUUAUCCCCAUGUUUUCUUCCCUAAUUUUUUUGUGAUUCUAAAUUUGAAAAUGUUGAUGUGUUUCCGUUGCUACUAUCGAAGGAAUGGCAGCUCAGGUGUUUUUAAUCAAAUCAAAGGAAUGCGUAGCAUCAGCAGUUCGGAAAUAGCAACAGCUCUUCGUCCGUUUUAUUUUGUUGUCCACCCCGAUCUGUUUGGCCAACAUCCAGAACAAAGGUCAGUCAAUGAAGAAUCUUUGAAAAAUCUCAGCGCACAUAUCGAGGCCUUGCAACAGAAGCGCUCUGGACAUGUUGCGCCAAAAGAAUUGCCAUUUUAUGUUCGUCAUUCGGAUGUCGAAAAAAGAGAUACCUUCAAAUUAGUAAAAAUUUCCCUUGGACGUAGUAACGACACCAAAGUUGUCAUUAAACGAAUUUUGGAAUCCUGUAACCUUCCUACCGAUUAUGUAGACAAAAUUAAAGCUGUCAGUAAAGCUGACGGAACUAGUAAUUCGCCAUUCGACGAUCUUUCCCGCUUCUAUGAUAUCGAUGAAAAUUCAAAUCAGAAUCCAUUCAGAGACAUCAACUUUAGUUCGGAUUUUGUGGAGUUUGAGAAAAAUUUCAGGGCACGUAAGGAGAACGAAGAAAAAACUUUGAAAGGUUGGCUCAACAAUAAUGUAAGUACUGCGCACGAACGGAGCAAAGGCAUCGAAGAGUUGAAAGAAGAAGUUUAUAAGCAGCAAGAGGAGAUCGUCAAACGCCUGGGACUGGUGGAAGUACGUUACGAUUGCGGUUGGAAUUUCGAACACUAUCGCGGAUGCCUUAAAACUCUUGAGCGUUUGGCGAACUUGCAUGAAAAGCAUAUGCACGCUUUGAAAGGUCGUGUUGUAGUUUUUGCUCCGUUCACAGGUGUAAGUCGAGAAGGCCAUAUCAUGCUCUAUACGGGCGACGUUUUAAAUAAUUGGAUCGAUUUCAUACGAAAUAUUCCGAAACAUGAUGUCUACUUGAAGCGGAUCCCGGCGUAUGAGAUUGCCUUAUCACAAGUAUUGCGUGAUAUAAAAAUUGGAAGACGGAAAUUCAUGCCGAAAGCUCAAGCCGGCGAUUAUGCUGGACACCUCAGAAAAGUUACCACAACAUUACUUGAUUAUCUAAGCACAAAAAAGUAUCCGAAAUCCUGGCCGGAAAGCUUAAGUGAAUACGAAAUUGUAAUAGAAUCAGAGGCAGGUCCUUUGAUGGUGAGCCCCACUGGCCAAUUUAUAGCACCCUCAACAUGUCCCGGAGUAAUUUUAGUGGACUUUAUUACAAACCAUUUAGGCGAGGCCAAAGAAAAGACCAUACAGUACGAUAGCAAUAAAUAUAUCGAAAGAGAGUUACACGGGAGAUGCAUCAAUCAGCUCGAGCUGCAAUCGUUAAAUAAAGACGAUUCAGUAACACCAGACAAAAUGAUCAAAUGUUUAAAUCGCCUACUUACGCAGGACUUGAAAAAUUUAGUUCGUUUAAAUCUGAAUAUAACGAAUUAUUAUUCUGUUCUGUCGGACGGAACAGUUUGCAUCCCUUGGGAUUGGAAAGAUUAGUUAGAUCUUUUGGACAUACAUAUGUAGUUUUUUUAUAGAAAAUUUAUUUACAAAUUAGGGAAAACAGUAUUGAGAUUUUCAAAAAUUGUUUAUGUAUACAAAAAUGUAUUUAUGUAUACUUUGAUUCGAAGGUUUUAUGCUGUGACGAGAAAAAAGUGAAACGAAAAAUGUGAUAAAAAUGGUCAAUAAUACAAAAUAUCAUUCAUUGUUUGUAGGAA